UCCGCCGCCUUGCGCCAUGGCGGGCUGCGCUGCGCGGGCUCCGCCGGGCUCCGAGGCGCGUCUCAGCCUCGCCACCUGCCUGUCAGGCGCCUCGGUGCUCGCGCUGCCGCUACUCACGCGCGCCGGCCUGCAGGGCCGCACCGGGCUGGCGCUCUACGUGGCCUGGCUCAACGCGCUGCUGCUGCUGCUGCUCCAUCAGCCGCCGCGCUACCAGAUAGCCAUCCGAGCUUGUUUCCUGGGCUUUGUGUUCGGCUGCGGUGUGCUGCUAAGUUUCAGCCAGUCUUCUUGGACUCACUUUGGCUGGUACAUGUGCUCCCUGUCAUUGUUCCAUUAUUCUGAAUGCUUGGUGACAGCAGUCAAUAAUCCCAAAAGUCUGUCCUUGGAUUCCUUUCUCCUGAAUCACAGUCUGGAGUAUACAGUCGCUGCUCUUUCUUCUUGGAUAGAGUUCACACUUGAAAACAUUUUUUGGCCAGAACUGAAGCAGAUCACCUGGCUCAACAUCACGGGACUGCUGAUGGUGGUCUUUGGAGAAUGUCUGAGGAAGGUGGCCAUGUUUACAGCUGGCUCCAAUUUCAACCACGUGGUGCAAAAUGAAAAAUGAGAUACCCAUACGCUGGUGACCAGUGGAGUAUAUGCUUGGUUCCGGCAUCCUUCUUACGUCGGGUGGUUUUACUGGAGUAUUGGAACUCAAGUGAUGCUGUGUAACCCUAUCUGCGGCAUUGGGUGUGCCCUGACAGUGUGGCGGUUCUUCCGUGAUCGAAUAGAAGAAGAAGAAAUCUCACUCAUUCACUUUUUUGGAGAGGAGUACCUGGAGUAUAAGAAGAGGGUGCCCACGGGCCUGCCUUUCAUAAAGGGGGUCAAGGUGGACCUGUGAUGGGCAGUGACUCCGGUGACCUUGGGGCCUCCGACCCUGUGCAGCCUGGGACAAAACUGUUUCCGGUUGGCCGCUGCGACAUGGAUUUUCUUAAUCAUUUUGUAUGUCACUAGUCACUCUUCUGGAAUGUCCCUUGAGACCAAGCGGUCAGAAGGCCUGAGGACCCAAGGCCCCACUGAAGCAGCCUGUCCUUGUGCUGAAUCAAGGUGGAACGUGGGUGAAAUACCAGUAAGAGGCAAAUCACAGCAAUAUUCCACAGCGCCCUCCAGAGUGACCUGGGGAGAACCCAGGCCACACGCCACUGCCCCCGAGGCCAAAGUGUAAGUAAAGGAUAACCAGGACUCCCUGGGAGAGAUGGACUCUGUCCUCAGCAACACUUCCACAGCAGAAAGGGGUAGCGGGUACCCUGCUUAUCAGUAUUAAAAAUGCAUUUACAACCUUUCAUUUAACCGAAAAAC